GAACGCGGGCGGAAGUGCCGCGGUGCACUGUGGGCGCCAUGCGCGCCGUGUACCUGCUGCGUUCCCGCGGAUCCCCCCGGGCCCGCGGCCCCCGUGGCGGAGGUUCCGCGGCCUACGUGGGGUUCACGGUGGACCCGCGGCGGCGGCUGCGGCAGCACAACGCGGGACGGAGCGGCGGAGGGGCCAAAAAGACCAGCGGGAGGGGGCCCUGGGAAAUGGAACUUUUCGUCCACGGCUUCCCUUCUGACGUCGCCGCCCUCAGGUUCGAGUGGGCGUGGCAACACCCGAACUCCUCCCGCCGCCUCCUGGCCCCGCCCCCCCGCCGCCCGCGGGAGCAGCCAAUCAGCUUCGCCCUCCGCGUGCUGCCCCGCCUCCUUUGGGCCCCGCCCUGGUCCCGCCUCCCGCUGCGGAUUCGCUGGCUCCGCCCCCCGGGCCCCGCCCUCGAGCUGGCCCCGCCCAAUCACGUGGUGCAGGAGGAGGGGGCGGGGCCACCGCGCCUGAAAAGGAAAAAGGGGCGGAGCCAAAUGGCGGAAAUGGGCGGGGGGUGUGGCUUGUGUAAUGAGGAACAGGCCACACCCCUUCUGCGCUGUCCCCGCCCCCAGUGCAAUAUGGCCGCCCACCCGCCGUGCCUGGCCCGGCUCUUCCUGGCCCCGGAGCCGCUGCAGCUGCUGCCCGUGGGGGGAAACUGUCCCGGGUGCCACGCCCACCUCCUCUGGGGCGAUCUGAUUCGUCGCUGCUUGGGAGAGGCGGAGCCUGAAGAGGAGUGGGCGGAGCCAGAUGAUGUCAUCAUCCCAAGCUCCGCCCCCACGUGAAACCACACCCGCAAUUACAUUUUAAAUUAUUUACAAUAAAAUAACUUUUAAUUAA